ACUCCAGACAUUCCCCAAGUCCGAGACCGUCCCUUCAGAUUCUGCUUUUAGCAACAACACAAUGUGAUUUCACAAAGCAUCACAAUGUCUGCAAGUAGCUCCAAACUUUCUCCUCUUUUAUCAACGUAUGACCUCAAAUUGGCCUGUGAUCAAUGCUUGUUGAAGGAGAAAGCAAUCACCUUCUCCCUCAGAGAAGGUUCCCACCGGUGUGCACGCACCGUCCUGCUCUGCAAGGCAAAGGACGCUGUUAAGUGGAGGCCUGUUUCCAGGCGGCCAACGUUUCCAAACCCCAGUCGCUAUGAUGUUUGUCGGUACUUCACGGAGGGCUCUGGUUGCAGAGUACACCAGAACCGCUGCACCUUUGCGAGGAGCGUCGAGGAGGCUGCAGUGUGGAACUUCGCAAAGAAAAACGGACUGGAGCACCAACGUCUCUGCAAUCUGAUAGCUGAGCCUGAGAGAAAACCUCAGCAGCCAAGCAAUGCUGGUUCUCUGCAGGAGCUCCUUGAAAGCGUGGAGCUGAAGGCCGUGUGCAGUUUGUGCUCCAUCCAGAAAAAGGAUUUAACAUACACCGUUCAGUCAGUUGUGCACAACUGUGGUAGAAAUCUGCUCUUAGCCAAAGGCGUGGGGUCUGAGCAGUGGAGAACCAUCUCAGAGCGGCCCACCGGGGGGAACAUGGGCCCAAAUGUCCUCUACAAAGUCUGUGACUACUUUGUGGAGGGCUCUGGAUGUUCCAAACACACACAGGGUCAAGGAUGUACGUAUGCCAAAAGCUUGGAAGAGGCCACUGUGUGGAACUUUGUCAAAGAAAAGAAGAUAAAUCAGGCAGAGUUAAUGAAACUCUUACCUGAGCCAGAAAGUGCUUGGAUCACACCACAACUCGCAGCUGAAGGAAUCCUCCAGCAGUUGUCUGGCAAAUUCGUGGAGUUCUGCGGUGACUGCUUUGACAGACGGCCACAUAUGCUGGCAGUCAAGACAUGGAAGGGCACCUGCUCUGCUGAAGCAGCACACACCUGGAGGCCGGUCCUGGUCCACCACCUCUCCGAGGGCGGCAGCAAGCACGUCUACAGCCAGGUGCGGCCUCUUCCUCCCAACUGCCCCUGGGAGUUCUGCAGUCACGUCCGGCAGGGCAAGCCCUGCUGGCACCAGGCCGGCCGCUGCCGCUCCGCCCAGAGUGAGGUGGAGAUGGCCGUGUGGAAGGCGGAGCACAGCGGACUCUCUGUCCGGCCUCAUCUCCUGGAUCUGAGCGAGCCGGAGCAGAUGGAGCAGGUCAUCAUAUUCUGCAAGAUCUGCCUCCUGGAGCUGCCCUCCCUGGAGAAGUUCUACAGACACUGCUGCUCGCUGGAGCACAGCAGGCUGCUCUCGCAGGACACCAUCACCACCUGGACCGAACGCCAGCCCCCACACAACCGCCGAGCCGACUUCGGGCUGUGCGACAGACCACAGACCUGCGAGUAUGGCUCCAACUGUCCGAGAGCUCACUCCGAGGCAGAGCUGCAGGAGUGGAUGAUGCGUGCUGAGGAGGAGAGGGAGAUCAAGUGCAACAUAGAAGACCAGGGCCUCAUGUGCUACAACCAACGCCUCUUGGAGGAAUACAGAAGCAGCAGUAACGAAGUGUACAUUAUGUCGGAACAGGUUGACGAUGUCAGCGUCUCUUGUCAUGAAGACUUAACCGUGGAGUGUGACGAGAUCAAUGCAACACUGGCAUGGAACUUCCACGUUGAAACGGAGAACCAGCUUGUUCAUGUGGCACUGCUGAAGCAGGAACCGGGAGCUUCGUUCAGCCUCAGCGACGACAGCUCCCUGGUGUGCGUCUACUCCUCAGGGGAGGGGUUUCUCAGAGAAGACGGGACCUACGCCAUCACUGUGUCCUUCACAUCCACCCAUCCAGGACUGUAUGAGCAGUGGUUAGUGCUGGACUUUGACGUGAGACCAGUGCUCCUGAAGAAGCUCAGGGUCAGGGUAGGCCAGGCGUCGCUGGACGACACGGAACAACCCAACUCAACUCAAGGAGUCGUCUUUCACAGUGAAGAGCGAUGGCACAGAGAGAACAGGGUUAUCAUCCCUUGUUCCUACAGGACAGAAGAACAGGAAGAGCUCCUCAAGGAGUACAAACCACCGCAUAUGAACCUUCUCUACAAACCCUCCCGCAACAAAGAAAAAGCUCUUAACAAAGACAACUACAAAGAAAGGAUGCACCAGUUCCUGUUCGAUGAAGAGCAAGCAGAGGACGGUGUGGUUUCAAGACUAAAUGUUUGUGGAGAAAUUACAACGAUGGAGAUUCUGGACAACCUGAUGUCUGGCAUGGCGAUCGCUCCCCAGGGGGAACUGUUCUGUGCCGUCCCUGUUCCCUGUAACCUCACAGCUGACAGUCCUGAGGGACUGGUACUGAAACGGAGGAUCCAGUCAGCCCUCAUCGGCCCGCUCAACUCAGACGCUCCAAACUCCAAGGUCUACGAGGCAAGAAUCAUGCCCCACCACACGAGCAACAAUCAGAUGUUUUUGCAUCUCUCCAAACAAUGUUGCCAUGAUCUUGGGCUCAAACACAACGAAUCCUGUCCAAUGGAAGUGCAGUUUCAGCUGGAGCGCCACAGCUUCUGCACCAUGCACAAGGCUGUGGAUCUCCUUCCUGAUACCAUUCUAGUUCUACCAGACCUCGGCGCCUGUGGAGUUCCCCUCACUAACGCCAAGUAUGAGGGCUUGAACACAAAGCAGCAGUCAGCUCUUGAGUUCAUCAUGGGAAACGUUGCUGGGAAAAAGACUGUGGCACCUCUCCUGAUCUAUGGACCCUUUGGAACCGGGAAAACAUUGACUCUUGCUACAGCAGCCAGAGAGCUAUGUAAGAACGUCCACAACAAAGUGCUGAUUUGCACCCAUACCAACAGUUCUGCAGAUCUGUAUGUCAGAGUUCACUUUCAUCAAUUCAUCAACGGGAAAAAUAACGGAUUGAAGCCAAUUCGAAUCAAAGCAAACAAACAAGGGAGUGCGCUGAAUGCCACAGAUGAGAUCACUCUGAAAUACUGCCUUCUCUCCAAAGAUAGAUGUGCCUUUCAGCUGCCUACAAAAGCUGUCCUGGAACGCUACAACGUAGUCAUCACUACCACAACCAUGGCAAAGUGUUUUCAUGAUCUGAAGCUAGCAGAGGGCUACUUCACCCACAUCCUGGUUGACGAGGCCUCUCAGAUGCUGGAAUGUGAAGCUUUGCUGGCUCUUGGUCUCGCUGGGCCAAACACCAGAGUUGUUUUAGCCGGCGAUCACAUGCAAAUGGGACCUCAACUGUUCUUUGUGGAUGAUGAUCAACGUUCCGAUUACACACUCCUCACCCGCCUGUUCCACUACUAUCAAGGCCAAAGGUGUGACACUGCUGAGAGAAACCGGAUUAUUUUCAGUGAGAACUACCGCUCAACUAAAGAAAUUGUUGAGUUUGUGUCAUCCCAGUUCUACGUUGGUAAAAAUGAUGUCAUUCAAGCAAGCGGGGAUGUCCCACCUCCUGCUAAUGGCCAUGCCCUGAAGUUCUGCCAUGUCAGGGGGGAGUGUGUCUUCGACUCCAUGUCUAUGUCUUGGUACAACGGACAAGAGGCUAUGAAAGUGGUUGAAGCUGUGAACCAUGUUCUCCAAGACUGGCCAUCGACCUGGGGACCCAAGGACCCAGGAUCCAUCUGUGUCUUGUCAGAGGGUUGUCAGGUUCAAAUAAUUAGAAGAGAACUUCGAAGAAGCCGCACUAAGGUCAAUGUUGAAAAUCUGGCAAAUGUUCAAGGCAAACAGUUCAGGGUGGUCAUAAUGACAGCUCUACAAACACGUGACAGCCUCAAAGAUGCUCACCUGCUCGGCAUGCCGCUGUUUAAUGAUGCCCGUGAGUUCAACACUGCAAUGACAAGGGCCCAGUCACUGGUGGUUGUUGUUGGAGAUGCUGCGGCCCUCUCUUGCUUUGGGAAAUGCUCAGGAAUCUGGAAAAGCUUCAUCAAGCACUGCAUCAACAACAGCAGCAUUGUUCCACAGCACUACACCAAAGAAUUCUUUGAAAAGGACAUCAUGGAAACGGCAAAGUUUCAAAGAGCUGAAUACGUGGAUGAGAGCAGCAUUCUCAGCGAUGCAAUUCUUCAAGAGUUGAGAGAUAAUUAUGAACAGAUGAAAACAGAAUAUAGUUCAGACGAAAGCAGCUUGGAGGAUGAUGACUCAAGUCAACGGAGGUCAGGAGAAUCAUAUCAAAUCUCAGAUAAAGAAAGAGAUCUACUGGAGUUGUGUGAAAAACAACCAGACAUGUUCAUGCGAGGAAUGUUUGUCAGGGAGGCAUAUAACAGAGGCCAUUUCAUACCCUUUAGUAACCCUUCCAGACACAUCAACAUCCAGGGAAGAACAAAUGUGGGAAAGGCAUUCACUGGAGAUGAAGUGGUCAUCCAAACAUCAAAGGUAAUUGGUAUCAUCAAGAGAGCAGAAUCAUCCCGGGAACUUGUGUGCCUUCUUGAGGAAGAAGAUCAUAGCAAGAGAAGGCCAGAUCCAUCAAAAAUCUUCGUCCGAAGGACAAUGAUCCCCAUCAAAAAAAGUGCACCUAAAAUAUGUAUUCUCAUUAACAAACGCAAACGGAACUUCAUUCCGAUAUGGGAUCAAAUUAAUGGGUACUGGAGAGUCGCACUCUGUCGACAUGUGAAAGAAGUCAGGGACAGUGUGUUUGUAGUUCAAGUGAUCAACUGGAAGGAAACUUGUAUGUAUCCUUUAGGGAGAGUCACAAAUAUUCUCUCAAAUGGAGGACCUCUGGAAGACCGCCUUUGGCUACAUAAAGAGGAGUUUGGAAUUACAGAAAGUACCUGUGAAACCACGGAAAGUGUAUCCAGGAUAGAUGAAGAUGGUGGAUACAGACAGGAUGAAAGAAACACAAUCACUUUCAGUGUAGAUCCAGCAGGAUCGAAGGAUCUGGAUGAUGCCAUCAGCAUCAAAUACAUUGGAGACCAUUAUGAACUAGGAGUCCAUAUUUCAGAUGUGGCAAGCUUCGUAACCCCAGGCUCUCCAUUAGAUAGUCAAGCCAAAGAACGGGGUUCCACAUAUUACAGCAAAGGACAAGAGCCCAUACACAUGUUCCCCACAGAGUUGAGCACUGGACACUUCAGUCUGCUGCCACAGCAGGAUCGCAGGGUAGUGUCAAUGAUUUUCAAGGUGAAUAAGGAGGACAACAAGAUUAUCGGAAAACCCAGAUUUCAGCUUUCUCUGAUCAACUCCAAUGAGCAAUACUCAUAUGAAGAGGCAGAGGACAUAAUCUCUGAGAGAUAUCAUGAGAGUCCCAGGUUUAUUACAGAGGAGGAUUGCCUCACAGUGGCCUACUGCUUUGCCAUAGCUCAGAGGAGGCUUAGGCUUGAGGACUGGGCUUAUUCUCAGUCUGAUGAUGAGAGACUGCCUGGAAAGCGCAAAGCUCAUCUGAUGAUUGAAGAACUGAGUGUGUUAUUUAACAAACAUGCAUCAGAGAAAUUGCUCAAUUCAAACAGAACCAGGUCAUACACGCCCCUCCGCUGUCAGGCCAAACCAGACCCUGACAAGGUGGAAAUAUUUAAGGACCAGUGCAGAGCUUUAAUACCAUUGUCCUUUCAUGUGCGACACAAAGUUGACCAGGAUGAAGAAACCCAACACCCUGAAAGCUUCUGCAUACUCACAGAAGUGUGGAAGGAUAUCCAGUCUGCUCUCAAAGCAAAUGACACAGACAAAAUGGUGGACCUUGUGGCUGCAGAUGACAUCCACCCUCAGCUGCAGCCGGUCAUCGACCAGUUCAGACGGUGCUCCAGUAAAGCUUAUGUCAUCCGUUACAACUCCUCACCUGAAGCAGGUAUUGGGCAUUAUUCACUGAGUUUAGAAAACUACACACAAGCCUCUUCUCCAAUUAGGCGGUACAUGGAUGUUGUCUUGCAGAGACUCCUCCACUCUGUCAUAUGCAACAAGGAUGUCCAAUACAGUCGAACAGAGAUCACACUUUUGUGCCUACAAUUCGAGCAAAACAUCAAGUCUUCCAAGGAUUAUGAGCAAAAGACAGAGCAAAGCUCGUAUGCAGUUAGCGUUAAAAAGCAAAGUGCUUCAAAACUGGCCUUUGUUGUUCGUGCAGAUCAGGAAGAGGAUGGUUUUGCAGUGUCCUUUCCUUUCAACAAGUGCAUAUUUCCUGUGAGUCUAACCAUCAUGUACAGAGAUUUACAGUUGGAAGACCAACCACUUCAUGAUGAAGUCAGCCACAACAUCACUCUCAGAUGGAGAAGACGAAUCUACGCAGCUGAUUAUGUGCAACUCCACAAAGUGCUGGAUAAGAUGCCAAACUGUGCUCCCUCUGUUGAGGUUCCACUGACAGUAUGGAAAGCUGUAAUUGAGGCAAUUGAUGAUGGAAACUUUGAUGAUGCCAAGUCCCUCUUAAUGGAUGUUGAUAGAACACUACCAGAUGUUCAUAAUGUGCCACAAUCCUCUGAACCUUCUCUUACCCAAACUGACAGCAGUGCCUCCGAGGGGUGCCUCGAGGUGGCAAAGAAGAAAAUCCAACACUGGGUGGAUAUCUUCCUCCAGCUGAAGCCUGGUGACACUGUUCAGGUCCAAAUGAUGUCAGAGAUGAGGAGAGGUCAACAAUUGCCUGCGGUUCAGCUGGUACACAUCAAACAAAAGUUUGAGAUCUGUGUGGACCAUAUCCACAGACCUAUCCCCUGCUUCUACAGAGUUGUACAUGAGCCUUCAAGGUUGAGAUAUGACAACGCUGAAGAGUAUGAGCGGAUCUGGGAUCCACUGUGCAAGAUGGAAUCUUGCCACAAUGCAGUGGAUGAAAGUGACAGCAUUAUCAUUGAAGACCUGGUGGUAACAUUUAAGCAAAUGGGGAGGAGAUCGCUAUCAGGGAGCUUCUUCUUACCUGACCACUGGAUAGAUGAAUGGGCCAUUGAAUGCAACUUUCGUCACUGCUUUCUGUGCAUACGGAAAAGAGGCCUUAAGCUGCCUUCAUCCCUGGAGCACUUGGCAGUGGUGGAUCCAAGAGAGUUCACAUGGGUGGCCCAUGCUGUCACAAGCCAAGUGGUUGAGCUGAAAGAUGUUGGGAUCAAGGUGGAGUUCUUCAUCAAUCACUUACCAAUGGAAAACACUCCCAAGUACAUUUUCCAGAAAGAUGCCUCAUUCACGGUCGAGAUAAUCCCGAAGUCUCUGCCUGACAUUCGGAAAGAAAGCGCUGUGAUCAACUUAAAAAAAGGAUGUGACCUUGUUAAGAACAUAGCACUUGGACAUCGCAUUUCAAAAGAGGUCAUUAACUGCAGUGUGACAAGAUGGGACAUCGGCAGAACAAGACUACCAGGCGGACUGCCACAGCUUAAUAACAGUCAGUGUCUUGCUGUAGAGACUGCUCUAAAAAAUACCUUCACUCUUAUCCAGGGACCACCAGGAACUGGCAAGACGGUCGUAGGUGUAUACAUAGUGUUCUGGUUUUUUACGGUGAACUCUACGAAACAAAGAACAAAGAACAAUGAUGAUGAAAAGGACAAAAAAGAAGUUAUCCUCUACUGCGGUCCGUCCAACAAGUCCGUUGACGUUGUUGCAGAGUACCUGAUGAAGUAUAAAGACAGCCUCAAGAUCCUCAGGGUCUACAGCCAGCAAGUAGAGGUGCUGGAUUACCCUUAUCCGAACUGCACCCUGCAUUAUUUCUCAAAGAAUUCCCGCCAGGAGCGAUCUAAGGCAGAGCUCAGGAGCAUCACGAUGCAUCACCGCAUGCGAGAGGACACAAACCCUUUUGCAGCAGAAAUAAGGGGAUUUGACGAGCGAAUCCGACGUGAAGAAGACCUGACCAAGAAAGAGAUAAAAAAAUACAAAGACCUUCUCAGUAAAGCUCGGAAACAUGAGCUCAAACAGCAUGACAUCAUACUGUGCACGUGCACCCAGUCCUCUACAGGCAGCAUGAAGUCGUCGGUCAGCGCACGUCAGAUCCUCAUCGAUGAAUGUGCCAUGGCCACCGAACCGCAGGCACUGAUCCCGUUGGUCAGCAACAACCCUGAGCAGAUUGUUCUUAUUGGUGACCACAAGCAGCUGCGACCCAUCGUCAAAAAUGAGCAUGUGAAGAAGCUGGGGAUGGUCAAAUCUCUUUUUGAGCGCUAUUACAAUGGCAAAAGGACUGUGAUGCUGGACACGCAGUACAGAAUGCACGAGGAAAUUUGCAAGUUCCCGUCGAAGGAGUUUUAUGACAACAGGCUGAGGACUGGGGUGAACUGGCCGAACAGUGUCCUGCGUGUCGACGGCAGGACGAUGCCGGUCGUCUUUGGGCAUGUGAAGGGCGAGACUGUUCGUCUCGUUGUCAAGACGGCCAAGGGCAGCAACAACUCCAAAGCCAACCGCAGAGAGAGAGACAAAGUGGUAGCGAUUGCUAAAAAGCUGGUGGAUGGAAAAGUGGCGCAGAAGAAUAUCGUGGUUCUGUCGCCCUACAAUGCCCAAGUGUCAGAGAUCAGAGAGGAGCUGAAGAGGAAGAAUCUAGCUGAAAUCCUGGUGACCACCAUCAUAAAAAGCCAAGGAAGUGAAUGGCGUUACGUCAUUUUGUCAACAGUGUGCUCCCUUCCAAGCAAAGAGAUAGUGGAUGAACCGGACGGUGCUUGGUUGUCCAAGAACCUGGGCUUCGUGGGGGACCCCAACCAGAUAAACGUGGCCAUCACCAGAGCUAAGGAGGGACUGUGCAUCAUCGGUAACCAGAAGCUGCUGAGGUGCAGUAGAACGUGGAAACACCUCCUGGACCACUACACUCGCCACAACGCCGUGACCAAGGCUGACAAGAUCUCGGUGGCCUCAUUGGCCUGAGGCGGCAGCUCCGCUGACCGACGCCUCUUCUACAAUCAGCAGCUCACACAUGUUUUUCUAACGACUUUUUCUGCAGUUUUAGCGCCAAUGUUGAGCUUUUAUCACAUCUUUUUAAUCUCCGCUAAACAAGCAAGGACCAAAAUGAAAAGUUUGUAUAUUUCAAGAUGUUUUUAGUCUUUCUUUAUGUCAGCAGUUUUGAAAAAAAAAAACUGUAUAUAAAUGUACAAAAAAAACAGUAAAGUAUAUUUAUCAAUUCUUUAUGUUGCUUUUUUUUUUCUCCUCGACCGGACAGCUUUAGUUGUGGAGUAGUGGUCAG